AGCUUCCAUGGCCAAUAGCAAACACGACGAAACCUCUACUGCCCCUGGGAAGCGAGGUAGCCGCUCCCGCUGAAUGCCGCUGAAUUCUGUAUGAAGAAUGACACAGCCGUUUCCAACUCAAGCCAGUGACUUUAACUUCAGCUUCGCUGAGCCAGGCGGCGGGCUUACGUUCCAGGACUAUGGGGCGACGCAAGAUGUGCACCCUGGCACGCUGCAGUUCAACGACUUCACGCAGGGCGUCAGUCAAGCUCUCAACUGGGGCGCACCUGUUGGCGUAACGGCUGCCUCUCAGAGGCUCGCACAGCAGCAGGUGCACCAGUCUGCGUUCGAUGCUCCCCUUGAUGGGCUCACAGCGGGCUUCCAGCAGCAACUGCGGUUCCAGGAGACGUUCGAUGAGGAGGCUGAGGAGGAGCAGCCGCCCGCUGAGCCGGAGAAGACGCCCGAGUGGGCUUGCUCUUACUGCGGCAUCCACAACCCCAGCUGCGUGGUCAAGUGCCUGAGCACCAACAAGUGGUUCUGCAACGGCCGCGUGCACGGCACCGGCUCGUGCAUCAUCCUGCACCUGGUCAAGAGCAAGAACAAGGAGGUGCAGCUGCACCGGGACUCGCCGCUGGGCGACACCGUGCUUGAGUGCUAUGCCAGCGGCACGCGCAACCUGUUCGUGCUGGGGUUCGUGCCGGUCAAGAGCGAGAACACGGUGGUGCUGCUGGCGCGAGACACGCCGCCCAACCACCCCACCAUCCGCGACCUCAAUCUCGACCUGUCGCAGUGGCAGCCGAUUGUGGAGGACCGCGGCCUGGUGCCCUGGCUGGUGAAGCAGCCUACAGAGCCGGAGCUGCUGCGGGCGAGGCACCUCAAGCUGGACCAGAUCAACAAGCUGGAGGAGAUGUGGAAGACCAAGCCGGCGGCGGGUGUGGACGAUCUGGAUGAGAAGGCGACGGUGGAGGGGGACGGCGUGACGCAGCCAGUGACGCUCAAGUACGAGGACUCGGCGCAGUACCAGGCCGUGUUUGAGCCGCUGGUGAAGCUGGAGGCCGACUAUGACCGCUCCAUCAAGGAGAGCCAGAGCCGCGAUGACAUCACGCUGCGGUGGGACUGGGGCCUCAACGCCAAGCGCGUGGCGUACUUCUACUUCCCGCGCGACGACAACGAGCUCAAACUCAUGCAGGGUGAUGAGCUGAAGCUGCGUCACAAGAACGCGAGCAACCGCGGGGCGUGGGAGGCGCUGGGCCAUGUGCUCACAUACCAGCAGAGCGAGGAGGUGUGCCUGGAGUUGUUCACAAACGAUGUGCCCGAGGACUGCACUGUCGGCUUCAGUGUGGACUUUGUGUGGCGCGGCACCAGCUUUGACCGCAUGCGCAACGCGCUCAACACCUUCCGCAAGUACUCCGCAUCCAUUUCGGGCUACCUGUACCACCUCAUUCUGGGCCACCCGGUGGAGUCCGUGACGCUCAAGAUCCCGCUGCCCAAGGCCGGUCUGGGCGUGCCCUCGCUGCCCGAGCUCAACCACAGCCAGCUGCACGCCGUCAAGUCCGUGCUGCAGCAGCCGCUGUCGCUCAUCCAGGGCCCUCCCGGCACGGGCAAGACGGUGACCAGUGCGGCCAUCGUGUACCACCUGGCGCACAGCGGCACGGGCCAGGUGCUGGUGGCGGCGCCCUCCAACGUGGCGGUGGACCAGCUGGCGCACAAGAUGGACCAGACCGGGCUCAAGGUGGUGCGCCUGUGCGCCAAGACGCGCGAGGCGGUGGCGUCGCCGGUGGAGCACCUCACGCUGCACUAUCAGGUGACGCACAUGGCUGUGCCUGAGGGCGAGCGGCUGCGCAAGCUGCUGGCGCUGCGGGGCGCGCAGGGCGGCCUGAACGCCAGCGACGAGAAGGAGCUCAAGAGCCUGCGGCGGCGGCUGGAGAUGGAGGUGCUGGAGAACGCCGACGUGGUGUGCACCACAUGCGUGGGCGCAGGCGACCCGCGCCUGUCGCACUUCCGUUUCCAGCACGUGCUAAUUGACGAGAGCACCCAGGCCGCGGAGCCGGAGUGCCUCAUUCCCAUGGUGCUGGGAGCCAAGCAGGUGAUCCUGGUGGGCGACCACUGCCAGCUGGGUCCGGUCAUCAUGUGCAAAAAGGCGGCGGAGGCGGGGCUGUGCCAGUCGCUGUUCGAGCGCCUGCGCCUGCUGGGCGUCAAGCCGAUCCGCCUGCAGGUCCAGUACCGGAUGCACCCCUGCCUGUCGGAGUUCCCCUCCAACACCUUCUACGAGGGCACGCUGCAGAACGGCACGGGCAUGGGCGAGCGGCGGCUGGCGGGCGUGGACUUCCCCUGGCCCAACCCCGACAAGCCCAUGAUGUUCUGGGUGCAGCUGGGCGCGGAGGAGAUCAGCGCCAGCAGCACCUCGUACCUGAACCGCACGGAGGCGGCGGCAGUGGAGAAGGUGGUGACGCGCUUCCUGCAGAACGGCAUGAGCCCGGCCCAGAUUGGCGUCAUCACGCCGUACGAGGGCCAGCGCGCGCACGUGGUGUCGGUCAUGGUGCGCAACGGCACGGCCCGGCAGGACCUGUACAAGGAGAUUGAGGUGUCGAGUGUGGACGCGUUCCAAGGCCGCGAGAAGGACAUCAUCGUGCUGUCGUGCGUGCGCUCCAAUGAGCACUCCUCCAUCGGCUUUCUGUCCGACCCGCGCCGCCUCAACGUGGCGCUCACCCGUGCGCGCUUCGGCCUGGUGGUGCUGGGCAACCCGCGCGUGCUGUCGCGCCAGCCGCUGUGGAACAGCUUGCUGCAGUACUUCAAGGAGCACGGCUGCCUGGCGGAGGGGCCGCUCACAAACCUCAAAGCCUCCAUGGUGCAGCUGCACAAGCCCAAGCGGGUGUUUGACCGCAUGUCGUUCGGGGUGGGUGCACUCACCACCAACCGCUUCCAGCCGCCCGAGAAGGUCGGCGACCCACUGCCGCCCAAGGCCUCGCCUGGAUACGGCCCCGUGGGCGCCGGCGCGCCAGGCGCCGGCGCGCCUUCGGGGCAGCAGCUGCAGUUUGCAGCUGUGCCGCCCACCGGCGGCGCGGCAGCGGCGGGUGGCAGUGGCGCGGCUGCGAACGGCGGCGGCAACCGGUAUUCAUCACGUGCCGCUACCGGAGGCAUGGCAGGGCGCGGCAGCGGUGCUGCGGGCGGGGCCGCGACUGCGGCGGCGGUGGCCGCGGCAGCGGGCCGGGCUGGCGCGAGCCAGACGUUUAUGCCCUUCGCUGCGCCCACAUACAGCAUUCCCGCGCCUACGGCGCGAGGCAAGGGGCCGCGCGGCGACGCGACGGCUUCCCAGGCCGCCAGCGACCUGUCCCUGCCCGGCGUCUACACGCAGCCCGCCGCGGUGGCAGGCGGCACCACGCAGGGCACCCUGCCCGCCACACAGGCCAUAACGGGCCUAGGCGGGGCCUCGCAGCUGGCCGGCGGCGCAGCCGCGGCCGCGCUGCCGUACGGCUUCACCGCCGACUUCAGCCAGACCAGUGGCUACGGUGGCUUGGGGGCGGCGGGCGUGGGCAUGGGCAUGGGCGUGGGCACGCUGGGCGGGCUGCCGGGCCUGGGCCUGGGCGGUGAUGUGGACUUCAACAGCCAGGUGGAUAACUUCCUGCUGAGCCAAGGCUUCGGCAACGAGACGCAGUUCCUGGAUGCGGCCACUGGCGAGUUCCUGGGCGGCUUCGGCGGCGCGACGCAGGACCGAUGAGCAUGAUAGGUAGCGGGGUUGCUUGGAUGCAUGGAGAGGCGCGCCAUGGUGCUACCUAUGCUGCAGCUUCGUGCGCAGUGCAGCAGGACGAUCGGAUCGGCAGAUGCACAAAAAGAGAACUGCCUGAUCCGCCGGCGCGAGCGAGUGGGCCGUGUCCGCAGCAGUCAACUCGGCCACCAGUUUGCAACAGAAUCUGGCAGCGCUCAUGCGCUCCCACCACGCACUCCCACAGCUGCACACCCGCCAUUGCGAGGCAAGCGCUGCUACCAUCCAGCAAGGGGGUGGUUGGAGGCACGCCUGGAUUCUACUCAGGUGCGGACUACUGCGCACUUCGCAAGGCGCAAGCACAAUUUGCAACCAAGCAGCGCCACGUGCCCAGACGCCGGUGCGGCGUACACGAAGCGCGAUUCGCGCCUUCCUGAUUGCCGCGGUGUAUGCACCUGUCCCUGUUGCGCUGCGAUUGCCACCUGAGCGCUUGAGUUGGCUCCCCAUUGCAGCUGGCUGCGUGGCCUGUGCCGACGAUGCAAUCCUCAGUGAGCAUGAAGAGGUUGCAAUUUUAUUGUUGGCGUUUGUUGAGGAAAGAGGGCUAGGCAGCUGGAUGUGGUUGCUUCACGACGCUGGCAAGGGAGUAGUCCUCGUGAAGCACUGGAGAAGUGGGCGGAGCCGGGAGCCCGGAUGUCACUGCUUGGUGCCGGAACGCUGGCAAGCAGCCGAGGUAACAUAGCGGAAUGCGGCCUUUCGGUCGCAUUGCAUCACAACUGCCAAUGGUAA